UCAAAGCAGUCGGUAUUUAACACUCAGCCAUUAUUAUAUCUGAUUUAAGCGACACGAACUGUUUUCCAUAUCCUGCCAUUCCACAAAAUUAGUGCAAUUAUAUCGAAACAUUGAGAUGGCUCAGCGAACACAGAGGUAUAUUUGUUUGGCGGGUUCCAUGGUGCGCCAGUUCCACUUGGCUCGUUAUCCGCGGUAUAAGAAGGUGUCCAUGUCGAAUUUCGACUGCGGCAUUCCAUUGCCCUACGAGAAGAUGAAGGAGACUCUGGAGUGCGUCAAGGCCCGACUAACUGGACCACUGACGCUGUCGGAAAAGUUGUUGUAUGCGCAUCUGGAUGAACCGCAUACGCAGGAAAUCGAACGGGGCAAGACCUAUUUGCGUCUGCGUCCGGAUCGCGUGGCCUUGCAAGAUGCCACUGCCCAAAUGACACUUUUGCAGUUCAUCUCCUCGGGCUUGAAGAAGGUGGCCGUUCCCUCCACGGUUCACUGUGAUCAUUUGAUCGAGGCCCAAAUAAGUGGCGAAAAGGACUUGGCCCGGGCUAAAAAGGAUAACAAGGAGGUGUAUGACUUCCUUUCCUCCACGUGCGCCAAAUAUAACUUGGGCUUCUGGAAGCCCGGCAGCGGCAUAAUCCAUCAGAUCAUUUUGGAAAACUACGCUUUUCCGGGCCUGUUGAUGAUCGGCACCGAUUCCCACACUCCAAAUGGCGGCGGAUUGGGUUGCCUGUGCGUGGGUGUCGGCGGUGCAGAUGCCGUCGAUGUGAUGGCGAAUAUUCCCUGGGAGCUGAAGUGCCCCACUGUGAUUGGUUGUCAUCUCACGGGCAAGAUCAGUGGCUGGACCUCGCCCAAGGAUGUGAUCCUCAAGGUGGCCGAGAUCCUGACCGUCAAGGGAGGCACAGGGGCCAUUGUGGAGUACCAUGGACCUGGUGUGGAGUCCAUAUCCUGCACGGGAAUGGCCACCAUUACGAAUAUGGGGGCCGAAAUCGGAGCCACAACAUCGGUUUUCCCGUACAACGAGCGCAUGGUCACCUAUUUGGGUGCCACUGGCAGAGCUCACAUCGCCGCAGAGGCCAUGAAGUACAAGGACAUGUUGACGGCGGACAAGGGAUGCAAGUACGAUCAGGUAAUCGAGAUCAAUUUGGACACGCUGGAACCCCUGGUGAAUGGUCCAUUUACACCCGAUUUGGCCCAUCCGAUUAGCAAACUGGGUGCCAACUCCGAGAAGAACGGCUAUCCGAUGGAUAUUAAAGUCAGUUUGAUUGGUUCCUGCACGAAUUCCUCGUACGAGGACAUGGGCCGAUGUGCCAGCAUUGCCACUGAUGCUUUGAGCCAUGGCCUAAAGGCUUGCGUCCCGUUUAAUGUUACCCCGGGAUCGGAGCAAGUUCGAGCCACCAUUGCGAGGGAUGGCAUCAUCGAGGUCCUGGAAAAGUUCGGUGGCACCGUGCUGGCGAAUGCCUGUGGUCCUUGCAUCGGACAGUGGGAUCGCAAGGAUGUGAAAAUGGGCGAAAAGAACACCAUUGUCACAUCGUACAAUCGCAACUUUACCGGACGCAACGAUGCCAAUCCGGCCACACAUUGUUUUGUUACCAGUCCGGAAAUGGCUACGGCUUUAGCCAUUGCCGGACGUUUGGAUUUCAAUCCCUUGGCCGACGAACUUCAGGGUGCCGAUGGCAAAAUGUUCAAACUGAAAGCCCCUCAUGCAGAAGAACUGCCAGCCAAGGGCUUCGAUCCCGGAGAGGAUACCUAUCAGGCUCCCCCGGAAAAGGGCGAUGAUGUCAAGGUCAAUGUGGAUCCCAAGUCGGAACGCCUGCAAAUUCUGGAGCCCUUUGAGAAAUGGGACGGCAAGGACUACAUUGAUUUGGUGGUCCUGAUAAAAAUCAAGGGUAAAUGCACUACGGAUCAUAUAAGUGCCGCUGGACCAUGGCUAAAGUAUCGCGGUCAUCUGGACAAUAUAUCCAAUAACUUGUUCAUCGGGGCCACCAAUGCCGAGAAUAAUGAGAUGAACAAGGUUAAGAACCAGAAGUCUGGGCAAUUCGAUGCUGUUCCAGCGGUGGCCCGUGACUACAAGGCCAACAAGAUGAGGUGGUGUGCCGUGGGAGAGGAAAACUACGGCGAGGGAUCCUCCAGGGAGCACGCUGCCCUGGAACCACGACAUUUGGGUGGAGUGGCCAUUAUUGUCAAGUCCUUUGCCCGAAUCCACGAGACCAAUCUAAAGAAACAGGGCAUGCUGGCCCUGACAUUCGCCAACCCGGGUGACUACGACAAGAUCCAGCCAACGAGCAAGAUCUCGCUGCUCAACCUCAAGGAUUUGGCACCUGGAAAGCCGGUGGAUGCCGAGAUCAAGAACAACGGUGGCGGCGACAAAAUCCAGUUGAACCACACGUUGAACGAGCAGCAGAUCAAGUGGUUCCAAGCUGGCAGUGCCCUCAAUCUGAUGAAGGAGCUGUCUGGGAAGGGUGGUGACAAGAAAUAGUUUACAGAUCUGUUAUCAAAAUUAGUUAGUACUUUAUUCUUUUGAACAUCAUAAAACAAAAAUUGAAAAAAUUUAUUUUGUAUUCUGUAAAUUACAAUAUUAUUAAU